CUAUCUCGGAGUCUCAGCGAACCGAGAAGAAACAUGAAGCUCUCCCGCACUCUAGUGGCGGUCGCGGCCGUGACGGCGCUCCUCUGCCUGGCGGCGGCGGACCCUCAGCCGGAGGAAUAUGAGGGCGGCCGUAGGCGUGGGCGCGGGCGGGGUCGAGGGGGACGUCGCGGCGGCGGGGGGAAAGUCGGAGCGGCGGUGGGCGGCAGCGGGAGCAGCGGGACGAGCUUCGGCAGCAGCAGCAGCGGAAAUCUUCUGGGAGGAGGUUUCGACACCAGCAGCGGCGGCACCUUCGGCAGCAACGUCCCCGGCGGCAACUUCGGCAGCAGCAGCGGCGGCACCUUCGACGGGUCCAGCGUCAGCUUCGGCAGUAGCAGCGGAGGCAGCUUCGGGACCGGCGGAGGCGGCGGCUUCGGCAGCACCACAGGCGGAGGCGGAGGAGGCUUCGGGGCCACGGCUGGGGGCGGAGGCGGAGGCUUCGGCAGCGCUGCAGGAGGGGCUGGCGGUCUAGGUGGAGGCUUCGGCGGCGGAGCGGGAGGCAGCGGAGGUUUCGGCGGCGGCGCUGGCGGCCAUAGCGGAGGCUUCGGCGGCGGUUCUGGAGGCGCAACUGGCGGAGGCUUCGGCGGCGGUUCUGGAGGCGCAACUGGCGGAGGCUUCGGCGGUGGUUCUGGAGGCGCAACCGGCGGAGGCUUCGGCGGCGGUUCUGGAGGCGCAACUGGCGGAGGCUUCGGCGGCGGUUCUGGAGGCGCAACCGGCGGAGGCUUCGGCGGCGGCUCAGGAGGGGCAGCCGGCGGAGGCUUCGGUGGCGGAGCAGGAGGCAGCGGAGGUUUCGGUGGCGGCGCUGGCGGUCUCGGUGGAGGUUCUGCUGGCGGCGGUUUUGGCACCGGUGGAGGCUUCGGCGGCGGUGCCGGAGGAUCUGGUGGCGGAGGCUUCAGCGGAGGAGCAGGCGGCGCUGGCGGCUUUGGAGGUCUUGGUGGCGCCGGGGGUGGCUUCGGAGGCGGUGGCGCUGGCGGAGCCACAAGCACCAGUGGAGCUAGCGCAGGCGGCUUUGGCGGCGCAACUAGUUCCAGCGGGGCCGCCAGUGGUGGCGCCGGAGGUUCUGCCAGUUCUAGUGGAGCUGCCAGCGGAGGCUUCGGAGGCGCUGCUAGCUCCAGUGGGGCCGCCAGUGGUUUCGGAGGCGCUGCUGGUUCCAGCGGAGGUGCAGGCGGCGGCGGCGGCGGGAGUGGCGGAAGCGCACCCGUCCCAUCGGUCGUCGGCAGCCCCAUCGGAGCACCAAGCACCGGUUACAAUCCACCAAGAGGUUAAAAUGCCCACGUAGACGGCAACAGCAUAUCGGCGAUGAAUGGUUGUUUGGAGGAAUGGCCUUGUUUGGGCGAUUACUCUAACUUCUGUGUGAAAUUGCCUUGUUUGCGGUAACUUCGCUGACUUCUAUGUGUGAAAUUGCCUUGUUUGGGUAAUUACGCUGACUUCUUUGUGUGAAAUUGCCUUGUUUGUGUAAUUACGAUGACUUCUUUGUGGAAUUAGGAAUAAAACUGUGGUUUUGA